AUGGCUGCCACGCUCUGCGUCGCGUAUCCUCCUGGCUCGGAUAUCGACCUGGAUUACUACCUGGAGACACAUAUCCCGUGGUCCCUGGAGCUUUGGGAGGGCGAUGGCAGCGACGGCAGAAAAGGCAGCAUAAUCGACUGGAAAGUUUACACCGCCGCUGCCACAAGCGGCGACGAAGACGACAACAAUGGCCCUUCUUACGAGCUCCUAUUCACGUGCACUUGGGCGAGCAGGGAGGCGAUGGAGGCGGCGCAGAGUGCCGUCACGCCGAAGCAACACAAGGAGGCCUGGGAAGAUGUGGCCAACUACUCCAAAAAGAGCCCGGUCGUCUGGAUUAUGGAGCAGAAGGCGAGUUCGUGA